AUGAGGUUCUCAACGGUGCUUCUGUCGGCUCUUGCGCCAUUUAGUCUUGCGGCCCCUGAGCCAAAGACUGUUUCGGCACCGGAGCUCUCGGGCCAAUUGGUCGAGCUUUUGGAGAAGCAUAACCUCGCGCUUGUACCGCGAUCAGAACUCACAGACGCAUUAAAGGAAUUGAAUACACUUCUCAAGAGUGACAGAUUUCCCCGCGCACCUGUUCUGAUACGGCGACAAAAUACUACUUCUGGUUCUGGCUCAAAAUCUGGCGGCUCUAGCUCAGGGUCUGGAUCAGAUGAUGACUCAGAUUCAGAUAGCGGCGGUUCAAGUCGCGUUGUCUCAAUUCCUGGGUUGGAUGGUCUUGGUGACCUUGGAGAUGGCCUCAAGGGAUUGACAGACGCCCUCGGCGAGUUGGGAGAUCUCCUCAAAGCCCUCAAGGGUCUCCUAUCAGCUGAGUUCCUCGAUGCAUUCCAUGAUGCCAUGGUCUAUCUCGCAGCAACAUUGAAGCCACCCGCUCCCAACCAAAUCAGAAGUCUCCUUGAUAAAGCAGGGCCUUUGCUGGAUCUCGUUGGCGAACUCAACCUCAAGGAUCUUGUCGACCAGAUCAAGGAUGUCGAUAUCGCCGGUAUCGUCUCCAAGGUUCUCAAGCUUCUCACCGACGACAACCUCAAGAACAUCAACGGUCUUCUCACCAAUGGCGCAGGUCUCUUGACACCAGAUUUCGUCAAGCAGACCAAGGGCCUCAUUGGAGAUGUCUCGCCUCUUCUGGACGAGCUUUCUCCUCUUCUCAAGAAGCUCACCGGCCUUGACCUCGAGGGUAUCCUAUCAGCUCUGGACCCACUUCUCAAGAAGGAGUCUAUCCAGGGCAUUGUCACCCUACUCAAGAACGCCGGUGAUCUUCUCACCGCCAAGACCGUCGACGAGAUCCAGGGUCUUCUCGGUGAAGUCUCCCCCAUCAUCAAGGACAUCGCCCCACUUCUCGAGCAGCUCACCAAGCUCAACCUUGAAGAAGUCCUCAAAGCGCUGCAGCCGCUCCUCAAGGACGAUUCUAUCAAGGGUAUCUUGAGCUUGUUGAAGAAUGCCGAGACUCUCUUGACACCCAAGUUUGUGGAUCAGACGCAAGACCUCAUUGGUGCCGCGUCGCCAUUGAUCGACAAGCUGAACGAUGUCGAUCUCAAGGGUGUUCUUGAUGCCUUGAGCCCCAUUCUCAAGAAGGAGGCUAUCCAAGGACUUGUCGGACUGCUCAACAACGCAGAGGACCUGUUGACCAAGGAUACCGUCAAGAACAUCAAGACCCUUCUCACCGAGGCAUCUCCUUUGAUUGAGAAGCUCUCCGACAUUGAUCUCAAGGGAGUUCUGGACGCGCUGAGCCCCAUCCUGAAGAAGGAGGCUAUUCAGGGUCUUGUCGGCCUCCUGAAUAACGCCGAGGACCUUUUGUCUAAGGAGACUGUCAAGAGUAUCAAGACUCUGCUGUCACAAGCAUCACCAUUGAUCGACAAGCUCUCGGAUAUCGAUCUGAAGGGUGGUCUUCUUGAUGCCCUCAGCCCCAUCUUGAAGAAGGAGGCCAUCCAGAACCUUGUUGGGCUGCUCAAUAACGCCGAGGAUCUACUUUCCAAGGAGACAGUCAAGAGCAUCAAGACCUUGUUAUCUAGCGCUUCGCCUCUCAUCGAUAAGCUGUCUGAUCUCGACUUGAAGGGCAUUCUCGAUGCACUUGGCCCUAUUCUCAAGAAGGACGCCAUCCAGGGUCUCGUUGGUCUUUUGAACAACGCUGAAGACUUGCUUGAUAAGGAGACUGUGAAGAACAUUAAGUCCCUCCUUACCAGCGCUGGUCCUCUCAUCAACAGUCUGAAGAAGAUCGACCUUGCAGGCGUUCUAGACGCUUUGGCACCUAUCCUUACCAAGGACUCUAUCAAGGGUAUCGUUGGGUUGUUGGGCAACGCCGAGAGUCUUUUGACCAAGGACUUUGUGUCGGACACCAAGAAGCUCAUCUCCAACGCCAGCCCGCUCUUGACUAGCCUCGGCAAGAUUGAUCUCAAGGGUCUUCUUGACGCGCUUGCACCACUACUCACUAAGGAUUCGAUCAAGGGUAUUGUCGGUCUUUUGGGCAACGCUGAGAACCUGCUCACCAAGGACUUCGUCUCUCAAACCAAGUCUCUGAUCUCCAAGGCUUCGCCUCUCCUUGACAGCCUGGAUGAUGCUGAUCUCAAGGGUCUGCUUGAUCAAGUCGGUCCUCUUCUCAAGGAGGUCGGCAAGCUCAAGCUUCAGGAUAUUCUCAGUGCCGUGGCACCUCUCCUUACCAAGGAUUCCAUCAAUGGCAUCGUUGGACUCCUCGACAACGCCGAGAACCUCCUUACCAAACAAUUUGUCUCUCAGACCAAGUCGCUGAUCGGAAAGGCCUCUCCUCUUCUUGACAGUCUCGACAAGGCGGAUCUUGCAGGCUUACUCGACCAGGUCGGCCCUCUGCUCAAGGAAGUCGGCAAGCUUAAGCUUCAGGAUAUCUUGAGCGCCGUUCAGCCGCUGCUUACGAAGGACUCCAUUAAGGGUAUCGUUGGUCUGCUUGAUAACGCCGAGAACCUUCUUACCAAGGAUUUCGUUUCCCAGACCAAGUCUCUCAUUUCCAAGGCUGGGCCACUCAUCACUAGCGUGUCUAAGCUCAACCUUGAGGACUUGCUCGACCAAGUUGAACCACUGCUGAAGAUGCUCGGCAAGCUUGAUCUCGAGGGUAUUCUCAGCGCUCUCGCGCCUCUUCUCACCAAGGACUCAAUCAAGGGCAUCGUGCGCCUAGUUGAUAACGCUGAGGAGCUGUUGACAUCGAAAUUUGUCAACGAGACUCAGACGCUUAUUUCUGGCGCUGUUCCCCUGAUCUCCUCACUGGAAGACGCCGAUCUGCCCGAAUUGCUGGACCAGGUAGGUCCUCUGCUGAAAGAGAUUGGCAAGAUCGAUCUUGUCAAACUCGUCAAGAAGCUCUCACCUCUUCUCGAUGAGAUCAGCGAUUUGGACAUUAAGGGUCUCUUCGACGCACUUGCACCGCUACUCUCACCAAAGGGUGUCAAGGGCAUCAUGGAUCUCCUUGGCAACGCUGAGGACCUUCUUACUCCUAAGUUUGUCAACCAGACCCAAACACUUAUUGGUGAAGCUGUACCCCUUGUGGAAGCGCUUGGUGACAUCGAUCUCAAGAAGCUCAUCAAACAGCUACAGCCUCUUCUUGAAGCUCUCGGCGAGAUCGACUUGGGAGAUCUCAUCAAGAAGGUCAAGCCACUUCUCAAUGCUCUCAUGAAGAUUGAUCUCGUCAAGCUAGUUAACAAGCUUCUACCCCUACUCGAUACUCUGGAUGACAUUGACCUUGACGGCUUGCUCAAGGCUAUCGAGCCUCUGCUUACGCCCAAGAGUAUCAAGGGUAUUGUCGGUCUCGUUGACAACGCAGAGGACCUUCUGACUGCCAAGUUCGUCAACCAGACACAAACCCUUAUUUCGGGCGCAGUACCAUUGAUUGAGGUCUUGAACAAGAUCGACCUUGAGGAGCUCUUUGAGAUCAUUGAACCUUUGCUCAAGGAGCUGGACGGUCUUGAUCUCACUGGUCUUGUCGACGCUGCCAAACCUCUGCUCAAUGCCCUCAAGAAGAUUGACGUCAAGGGCAUUGUAGAUGCAGUGGUGCCAUUCCUUAACCCCAAGACUAUCAAGGGUCUUUUCGGCUUGGUUGGAAAUGCUGAGGAUCUACUUAACAAGAACUUCGUGAACCAAGUAUCGGAACUCAUUGGAGACGCGACACCGCUUGUUGCGACUCGCAACAAGGUGCCAUUUUGUCUCGAGCAAAUGAGGGGAAAUGAUCAUGUGCCGGAUCUUAUGCCCAUCACUUAUCAGAUUCGAGUCUGGCUCGUAUUUACACCCUGGCACCCCUGGUCCUUUAGUGCUAUACCCCGCUUGCUGAUCAGAAUUUCCAGGACGGCACCAGCUGGGAUGGGCCUGUCAAUUACAAUGGCUUCUGAGAGAGAACCUACAGCGGCGGGCGCUGAUACUGCUGCGCCUGCAGAGACGACAAAUGCUGCUGGCGAACAGAACGCUCCAGCUGCCGAUGCUGCGAGCAACGACGCCUCUUCCGACGACCAUGUUCGCGAUGAGAAAGUCGCUCCAGGUCCAACCAAAUGGCAAAAAGUGAAGAGUCAUUUCUGGCGAUUCAAAUGGUGGUAUCUAUUGGCCAUCGCCAUCCUUCUCGCGAUUUUACUGCCACUACUCUUCACUGUCAUCAUUCCUGCAAUCGUCCAAGACAUCCUCAACGACCAGAAGCUCCCCAUCUAUGGUGGCGCUUUACAGGUCAUAUCUCCAACCGAAGUGAACAUGAGUAUCGAGACACAGUUAAAAACACCAAUCGCUGCGACUCUCAAGCCCGUGGAUCUCUUCCUCUACAGCAAGGAGACGAAGCCAAUGUCAUCAUUCUUUAAACUUCAAUUUCCGGAAACACACAUUCACAGUCACACCAAUAUCACCAUCACCAAUCAGACGCUCCUGGUAACAAAUGAGACUGAGCUGACGAAGUGGUUCAAUGUCUUUUUCGACAAACCCGACGCCGAACUGUCGUUGGAGGGAAAGCCUGAGAUUAAGCUUGGUUCUUUGAAGUAUCACCGUAGUCUGAAAAAGACUGUUGACAUUGCUUCACUCAACUACCUUGACGGCUUUGCGCUCAAGAGCCUAGACUUUGAUCUGAAUGCCAAUCGGACAUCAAAGAACAACAUGAAGGGAAUGCUAAACAUCCCCAACUCUGGAGUCCUUCGACUUGGACUAGGCAACCUGACAUUCAACGUCAUGUCCGGAGACAUACGUCUAGGCCUAAUCAACCUAUGGGAUCUACAGCUGUGGCCAGGGAACAACUCCGUACCGUUUGACGGCAAUUUCUACUUCGAUCAGCUGGUUCCCAACCUCUCCGAGAUCCUCGAUAUGCAGAAAGGACCUCUUGGCAACGGCUACCUGGAGUUCAACGCAACAGGAAACACCACCAUUGCUGGUGGUGAGCACAUCAAGUACAUAGAAGGAGUGUUGAACUACAAGCAUAUCAGGUUCACCUUCCCGGUGAUCACACUGCUGGGUGAUGUCCUUGGUGGCUUGUUGGACGCCAACCAAGGCUCUCUUCUGGAUAUAUUUGGUACUUCGAUUGGAAAUUCGACGUUGCUUGAACACGUACUGGGACACUGGGAUAACAAUGGCCAAGGAGCGUCAUCUAAUAAUACUGCAAGGAGUUUGAUGGAGAGGAGUAAGACCAGAGCACCCAAGGCCUGGAUGUGGAGUCUUCUCAAAUUGGGAUUAACGAGAAAGAGCUUAUGA